AUGGCGCCAGCAGAGACAGACAAGGCUACAGAGAAGGAGCUUCAAAGGAUACGCCGGUUGCCGGAGAAUCGGGUGUGCCCGAACUGUUUGAAGGAGGAAAGCCUGGGAUUUAGUGCAGUUUGCACGACGUUCAAGACGUUCAUCUGCCAUGACUGCAAAUCUGCGCAUCAGAGUUUUUCACAUCGGUGCAAGAGCAUCCAGAUGAGUGUAUGGACCUUGGAUGAGGUCAAGGCUCUGGACGACUGCAACGGCGGCGGAAAUGCUGCUGCUGUGCGCAAGUAUCUCAGAAAAGUCACGCCGAAAGACCGCGUGAAGCAGGCGGCGAGCCGAUUUAUCUGA